UGGGCGCCUCAUGAUCAGGACCAUCUGUGUACAGUUGUCAGCGUGGAAACGCAGUUCCAGUUUAGGUAAGAAGAAGAAGAACUGUGUACAACAAGGGGGGCUUCCACUCGUGGGGACGCUUCAUGUGUCGGUGGCAGCAGUAAAGACUGAAUGACAACAUGCCGCAACACAUUCACAUGCUCGCCUUUUGCUUUAUCACACUUGCGCUGUCGAUUGUCGGCACACUGGUCUGUUUGAACGAGAAAGGUAAAUGGGGGAAGUAUUAUGAAACUGUAUUUAAUUGAAACGCCCUGGUAGCUGUAACGUUAUCUAAUACUAUACGCCGUUUCGACUCUAAAGCUUGUUGGUGCCUUUCACAUGUUGGUCGAGGAGUUGACGGUUGGCCGUGUACUCGGGGUCUCUAGGACCCCGCGGACACCUAGCAUGGGCGGAGGAGCAGGCGUAGAAACGUGAAGUUACUCCCAGAGGACUGAUCAGAGGUCAGUUUUGAAAUCUCCCCAAUGAAGGUUAAGGUUGUAAAAAGGGCUCGGGGCACCGAUCCCCAGUCAGUUGAUUUGAAAGUACUACGCUACGUCGCUAACGGCGUGAAAGGAUAAACAUAGACGGCUAGGCUUUAGCUAGCAUACAAAUAGUUGAUCUUUACAAGCUACUGUAAUGGUUCCCAAGUUGAAAACUAUUAUUACUACCCCCACAAAUCCUUCUAAACUACCUAAAUGGCCAGUUGGCGUUGUUGACGUUGUUUUGGAUAGCUGUGCCCCGUGGCUUUGAUGCAGCUAAGAGCAAAGACCAGACGUCCAUCAUAAUCCGCAGUGUCAACAUCUCCAUUCAACUGCUUGUGGUGGAGGUUACUGUGUAAGCAAGCCUUACAGGACCCGCUAUGCAAGCAAACACAACGCGGGGCUUUUUGUGGUCGGACGUAGAAACGAGGACCUUGUUGAACAUCUGGGGGGAGCAGGACAUCCAGGUGGCGCUGGAUGGAAACUUCCGAAACAGCUUCGUGUACCGCGACGUCUCCCGGAGGCUGGGGGCGAUGGGGUUUGAAAGGACGCCGGAACAAUGCAGGGUGCGGAUCAAAAGCCUCAAGAGGCAGUACUUGUUAGCAAAGGAAGGUAAUCUGCGGAACAACGGCCAGUAUCACAAGAUCUGUAAGUUUUACGACACCAUGGAGAUGAUUUUGAGCAACCGGCCCGCUCUUGACCCCCAGGAGUUAAUAGACAGCGGGGCGGGAGGAGAAGAGGCCGUGGACGGCCUGGAGGAGGAUGGAGAGGAUGCUCAGGAUGCAUACUCUGAGAGCACAGGGGAGUGUCCUUAUCCUGCAGAGACUGAAGUGAAGUUGGAAUACCCAACUGUUCCCAUCCCUAUUCCAGUUAAAGUGACAGUGGGCAAUAACAGCACCUCAGUAAGACCACACAACAGCAGCCAGUCGGCCAGUAAGUUGUCAGCCAGAACACCUAAACGGUCCAGAAAGCGGCGUGCUAACUUCCCCAUGGAGAAACUAAUGGAGCAGUUUCUGGAGCAGAGCGCCCAGGCUGAGGACAACUUCUACCGGAUGGAGGAGAAGCGCUUGCAGGCGGAAGAUCGUCGCAGAGAAGCCGAACACGGCAGGGAGCUGCACAUGCUUCAGAUGCUCGGCCAGAUGUUCUCCUGCAUCUCCUCCACCAGACCCGGCUCUGCAGCCGCUCCCUCCAAAACGGCUCCUCCCACCCGCGCUCCUGUGCUCUCCAGUGCCUCCCCGUCAUGCACACGUGGCCAGUCCAGUCAUCUCAGACGCCCCUCACCCCAGACAGACUGUUUCACCCAGCAAAGUCAACUGUUGAACCCAGAUCCCCAGGCAUUAGUGUUUGAACGCUACUACAGUUUGGGGUCUACAUCACACAGAGGCAUGGAUGAUGACAUCCUCUCACUGGUAAAGAGCAUAGUCCCUCCACUGACAUCCAAAAAGCAUAAGGGACAAGAUGGACGUAUUGGGAUCAUCGGAGGAUGCCAAGAUUAUACUGGAGCUCCAUACUUUGCUGCCAUCUCAGCAUUGAAAGUGGGGGCUGACUUGUCUCAUGUGUUCUGCACCAAAGAUGCUGCAACCGUAAUCAAAUCAUACAGCCCUGAGCUCAUAGUUCAUCCUGUUCUGGACAGUCCUAAUGCAGUGGAAGAGAUAGAAAAAUGGCUCCCAAGACUGCAUGGUCUUGUGGUGGGACCAGGUCUAGGGAGAGAAGACUUGUUACUGAAAACAACCAAGGAGGUGAUAGAGAAGUCUAAAGCAAGAGAUAUCCCUAUAGUCAUUGAUGCAGAUGGAUUAUGGCUAGUUACCCAGCAGCCAUCUGUUAUUCAAGGGUACCAGAAGGGCAUCCUUACACCUAACUUCAUGGAGUUCACCCGACUGUAUGAGGCACUGCACCAUGAGCCCAUGGACAGCAGUGAUCAUCAACGCAGUGUCAUGCAGCUCAGUGUAGCCAUGGGCAACCUCACUCUGGUGCUAAAAGGAGAACAGGAUCUCAUUACAGACGGCAGUAAAGUGAUCUCCUGCAGUAUUGAGGGCAGUGGGAGAAGAUGUGGCGGACAGGGAGAUCUUCUAUCUGGAUCUAUGGGAGUUUUGGCACACUGGGCCCAUGCUGCCUCUGCAGCUGGAAUGAUCAGAGGUGUGAAUCCAUCGGUGGUUGCAGCAUUAGGGGCCUGCUCUCUUACAAGACAGUGCAACAGUCAAGCAUUCCAGCGACAUGGCAGGUCCACCACCACAUCGGACAUGAUCCAGGAGAUUGGCUCAGCCUUCAGAAAGUUAUUUGAAAGCUGAAAACGGCCAACUGAAAUCAAAAUGGUUGUUUAAAAAGCUAUACAUACAUACUCAAUUUUGCAUUCUUACGAAACUGUUAAUAUAGCCUGUGGGUGGGCUAGUGGAAAAUGUUCUCAUCAAGCUGAAUUUUAAUGAAGGUUAGAGAGGUGUGAACUAUCUUUUUAAAGACUGCUCUCAAAAUCUGGUGCAAAGAAUAUACACUGACUUGUUGCUUGAGGUGUAUUAAAUGAACCCUAUAAGAAAACCAACAAGCAUGGUCUUCCAUCUUUCAAGUGGUAUUAUGAAUGCGUUCACCAAACACGUUGAGGUAGCUAAAUUUUUCACAGCCCACCAAAGAGACUGAGAUGGUAAGAUUAAUGGUGCCACAGUAAACCUGUUUGAAUUUUGAAAUAAAUAAGAUUUUAUGUGAGUGA